AUGGCCGGGACGUAUAGCUCCACACUGAAGACGCUGGAGGACUUGACCUUGGACUCCGGGUAUGGGGCCGGGGACUCGUGCCGCUCUCUCAGCCUUUCGUCCUCCAAGUCCAACUCUCAGGCGCUCAACUCUUCCGCGCAGCAGCACCGCGGGGCGGCCUGGUGGUGCUACUCCGGCUCUAUGAACAGCCGCCACAACAGCUGGGACACGGUGAACACGGUGCUGCCCGAGGAUCCAGAAGUGGCCGACCUCUUCUCGCGGUGCCCGCGGCUCCCAGAACUGGAGGAGUUCCCCUGGACCGAAGGAGACGUGGCCCGGGUGCUUCGCAAAGGCGCCGGAGGCCGGCGGCUGCCGGCGUUUUCCGCCGAGGCGGUGAGGCGCCUGGCCGGGCUGCUCCGCCGGGCUCUCAUCCGCGUGGCCAGGGAGGCACAACGCCUGAGCGUUCUGCACGCCAAGUGCACCCGCUUCGAGGUUCAGAGCGCUGUGCGCCUGGUGCACAGCUGGGCGCUGGCCGAAAGCUGUGCGCUGGCCGCGGUCAAGGCACUGUCCCUAUACAGCAUGAGCGCCGGCGACGGGCUGCGCCGGGGCAAGUCGGCGCGCUGCGGCCUCACCUUCUCCGUGGGCCGCUUCUUCCGCUGGAUGGUGGAUACUCGCAUCUCUGUGCGCAUUCACGAGUACGCGGCCAUCUCGCUUACCGCGUGCAUGGAGAAUCUGGUGGAGGAGAUUCGGGCUAGGGUGCUGGCCAGCCAGAGCCCCGAAGGCGGUGGGGCAGGUGGCGGGGAGGUGUCCGCUGAAGCCUUGGAAAUGGUCAUCAACAACGACGCUGAGCUCUGGGGUGUCUUGCAGCCCUAUGAGCAUCUCAUCUGCGGCAAGAACGCCAAUGGUGUCCUCUCCCUCCCCGCGUACUUCAGUCCCUACAAUGGAGGGUCCCUGGGCCACGAUGAGCGAGCCGAUGCCUAUGCCCAGCUGGAGCUCCGGACCCUGGAGCAGUCUCUCCUGGCCACCUGCGUGGGCAGCAUCUCGGAGCUGAGUGACCUGGUCUCUCGAGCCAUGCACCACAUGCAGGGGCGCCACCCCUUGUGUCCAGGCACCAGCCCCGCCCGCCAGGCCCGCCAGCCGCCGCAGCCCAUCACCUGGUCCCCGGAUGCCCUCCACACACUCUACUACUUCCUGCGGUGUCCACAGAUGGAGUCCAUGGAGAAUCCCAACCUGGAUCCCCCAAGAAUGACCCUGAACAAUGAACGGCCCUUCAUGCUGCUGCCACCGCUGAUGGAGUGGAUGCGCGUGGCCAUUACCUAUGCAGAGCACCGCCGCAGCCUCACGGUGGACAGCGGCGACAUCCGGCAGGCGGCCCGGCUCCUGCUGCCCGGCCUGGACUGCGAGCCCCGACAGCUCAAACCCGAGUGCAGUUUCAGUUCCUUCCGGAGGCUGGAUGCCCGAGCUGCUACUGAAAAAUUCAACCAGGACCUGGGUUUCCGCAUGCUCAACUGCGGGAGGACGGACCUCAUCAACCAGGCCAUCGAGGCCCUGGGGCCGGAUGGGGUGAACACCAUGGAUGACCAGGGUAUGACACCGCUGAUGUACGCAUGUGCUGCGGGGGACGAGGCCAUGGUACAGAUGCUCAUUGAUGCUGGGGCAAAUCUGGAUGUCCAGGUUCCAAGCAACUCUCCCAGGCACCCCUCCAUCCACCCUGAUAGCAGGCACUGGACCUCCCUGACAUUUGCCGUGCUGCAUGGACACAUCUCUGUAGUCCAGCUGCUGCUGGAUGCUGGUGCCCAUGUGGAGGGCUCAGCAGUGAACAGUGGUGAGGACAGCUAUGCGGAGACACCCCUGCAGCUGGCCUCUGCGGCUGGGAACUACGAACUGGUCAGCUUGCUGCUGGGCCGAGGCGCCGACCCCCUCCUCAGCAUGCUCGAGGCCAAUGGCAUGGCGUCCUCCCUCCACGAGGACAUGAACUGCUUCAGCCACUCAGCCGCCCAUGGCCACAGGAAUGUCCUGAGGAAGCUCCUGACUCAGCCACAACAGGCCAAAGCAGAUGUGCUGUCCCUGGAGGAGAUCCUGGCUGAAGGCGUGGAGGAAAGUGACACCUCGAGCCAGGGCAGCGGCAGCGAGGGGCCCAUGCGGCUGAGCCGAACACGCACGAAGGCCCUGCAGGAGGCCAUGUACUACAGCGCUGAGCACGGCUACGUGGACAUCACCAUGGAGCUGAGGGCACUGGGUGUCCCCUGGAAGCUGCACAUCUGGAUCGAGUCUCUGCGGACCUCCUUCUCCCAGUCGAGGUACUCGGUGGUGCAGAGCCUGCUGCGGGACUUCAGCUCCAUCAAGGAGGAGGAAUACAAUGAGGAGCUGGUGACCGAGGGUUUGCAGCUCAUGUUUGACAUCCUCAAGACCAGCAAGAAUGACUCAGUCAUCCAGCAGCUGGCCACCAUCUUCACACACUGCUACGGCAGCAGCCCCAUCCCCAGCAUCCCAGAGAUCCGGAAGACCCUGCCAGCCAGGCUAGACCCUCACUUUCUGAACAACAAGGAGAUGUCAGAUGUGACCUUCCUGGUAGAAGGAAAGCUGUUUUAUGCACACAAAGUCCUGCUGGUGACAGCUUCCAACAGGUUCAAGACACUAAUGACCAAUAGAUCAGAACAAGAUGGGGACAGCAGCAAGACCAUCGAGAUCAGCGACAUGAAGUACCACAUUUUUCAGAUGAUGAUGCAGUACCUGUACUACGGAGGGACAGAGUCCAUGGAAAUCCCCACUGCUGACAUCUUGGAGCUGCUGUCUGCUGCCAGCCUGUUCCAGCUGGACGCCCUGCAGAGGCACUGCGAGAUCCUGUGCUCACAGACCCUCAGUGUGGAGAGCGCUGUGAACACCUACAAAUAUGCCAAGAUCCACAAUGCCCCAGAACUGGCCCUGUUCUGCGAGGGCUUCUUCCUCAAGCACAUGAAAGCCCUGCUGGAGCAGGACGCCUUCCGGCAGCUCAUCUACGGCCGCAGCAGCAAAGUGCAGGGCCUGGACCCGCUGCAGGACCUGCAGAGCACGCUGGCCGAGCGUGUGCACUCUGUCUACGUCACUUCCCGAGUGUGAGGCAGAAGCGGGAACAGCUGGCCCACACCAUGGGGGUACAUAAAGGUGCCAGGAACAGAACCACCAGGGCCCUGAAGAGGAGACAUAGGCGCUCAUGGGGCUGUUCCCUUCCUUCCCCCAGACACCCACCCUGGUGUUGAUAGAUCCUGGGUAGGCAGAUGGCCCUGAGCCAACCCAUCAUGCUAGGCAGCCUCAACCCUGAGCUAAUGGAUUCAACAGCCAGUGACUGGCAAAGGGGCGUAUGGCACUUCUCUGUACAUUUUUACCUUAAGGACUUCCCAGCACCCCCACCGCAUGCCCUUUCCCCUCAGAUGGUCAGACCUGCUCCUGAACUUAUCCCUGCUCCAAGCUGUACCUGCCCCUGGGCCUCACUGAGCUCUGACCAUCGAAGCUGGGGCUCUUGGGACGGUGGGCAUACUAAUGAAUGUAUAGAAUGUAACCUCUGAGCCCAGACCAUUCGGUGCAAAAGCUGGUAUUUUCCUAAGUGUCCAGAGGAAAGGCCGCCCAAAUUCCCGCACCUGUCCUUCAGGCUGUGCCUUUGAAAGGCUUGGCAGGGGCCUGCUUUGAGUCUUCCAUUUUCUCUGGAGCCUGGGCCGACAGAGACCCUCUUUUUAGGACUGCUAACUUGCAAUUCCAGCUGAUGGCUUCUGAGGCCAGGGUGCUGGCAGAGCUCAGUGGCCUUAGCUAUGGCUGCUGUUGUUAGGGUCCAAAGUAAAGGGGGGAUUCUGGAACCUCAGGCCUAGACCUAGGCUACCUGUUGGCUCAGGCGGCAGCACCUACUCGUCCUCCCUGGCCGAGUCUCUCAAAUGAAAGGUUUCUUUAACUCAGGACUAGAGAGAGGGCCCACUUCUCAUUGUGGCUCUUGGGCAAAAAGGACAGGGCAGUGGUGGAAGGGCUGGGAGAAGAGGCCCUUCAGCAGGGUACCCCCACAACUUCCCAGUCUUUGGGCUCUCCUGGGGUAGAGAGAGACCAAAAACUGGCCUGUUUAUUAUGGACCAGACAUUGGGGCAACGUCAAAGACAGCUUGCUCUAGGUGGAGCCUGGCUGCACCUUAGAAACUAUUUAUUCAUCAAAAGCCCCAGGCAUUUUCAGGAGAUGUCACUUGCUCAGCCUGAAAAGCCCCUGGGGCUUGCAAUCCUAGAAAAUAUUUUCAACUAGCUGCUUGAGCUGGAUGUACAAAGGAAUAGGUGUUAUUUUAUUGCUGUAAUAUUGUAUGAUACAGUAACUGUAUAUUAAUGUCACUUAUUGUAAAUGUACCAUGGUUUUAUUAACAAUAAACUCAUUAACAGUAA